AUGCUGAUUGAGGCACUCGGUAUUCCACAUCAUAUCCAUAUAAUCAACUCCACCAGCAACGAAACAUGGUUCCAUUCGGUGAACCCUUACAAGAUGGUGCCCGCGAUAGAAGAUCUCGAAACUCUCGAGCCUGACAAGAACCAGCGAUUAAACAUUUUCGACAGCUCAUCUUGCCUGGCCUACCUUGCCGAGAAAUACGAUACCGAUGGACUCUACCGCGGCAAGAAUUUGUGUGAACGAACCACCAUCAUGAACUGGCUGAUGUCCUACACUGCUGGCCUCGGAGCUACGGGCAAGAUCUGGCUUCUGAUGAAAGCCCCCAAGCCGGUGCCUAUUGGGGAAUCUCUUUCGGUGCUGGUCAAAUACAUCUGCACCGAGUAUGACUUUCUGGAAAGCCGAUUGAACGAGCCUGGUCAGUUGUAUGUUGCGCUUGCUGAUCGUCCGACCAUUGCGGACUUUGCUAUAUUUCCUUUGGCGAAUGAGAAGAUUGCAGCAUCUGCUGAUCUGGACUUCAAUCAAUGGCCGAGUCUGAAGGCUUGGAGCGAGCAAAUGGGUGCGUUCAAACCUGUUGCAAGAGCGUUGCAUCGAGUUUCAAGAUUUGGACUCUCGCUAGAGGAGCUUGCACAGUUGGAUGGGUAG